CACGAUCCGAUUGAUCUGGAGUAGCUUGUGCACUUCGACCAACAUGACCAUGGAGGCAUCAGCGUUGACACGAUUGAAACUGUGCCUGGGGCUUCUGGCUGCGAUAACCCAUGUCGCUGCCGCCGCCACGAACAGUGCCGCCGUCAAAUCUCUGGGAAGAAUUGUCUACCUGCCCGAUGUUAACCUGGUGAAUGAUCACAACUCCGAUCCGCUGAUUUUUGAUCCUAAUGACUUGAACAUCAUCGCCAGGACAUCCAAGGAAUCGUACACAGACAUGAAUACCAGGUUUUUCGAAAGCAGCGACAAGUUCAAGCAGUCGAUUGCUACUGAUAUGGGACUGAGCGGAAGCUACCAGCAGAUCGGCUUCAGUGUGAAUGCAGCAUUCAAUCGAGUGUCAGGAUCGGAGACUGAAGUGAAAGUGGCUGAAGUCCAAGCCGCGCGUUUACACAGCAAAACGUAUCUACCCAGGGGCUCGGAGCUCAACAGCUUCCCUCUGAAAAAAGAAUUCCUGCAAGAUUUCCAGAAUUUGCCCACUCAGGUGACGGAUCCGCAUGUGGAUGUUUCAUGGUCACCGUUCCGCAACUUCAUGAACAAGUGGGGCUCGCACAUCGUCCAUGUAGCUUACACUGGAGCAGUUUACCAGAGCUUCAGUAGCUCCAAGUCCGAGAAAAAUUACAGUCAGAGAGACAUGGAGAUUAAGGCGUGCGUGAAGGCCGAGGGAAUCACGCGCAAGGCGUUGGAAGCCUGCGCCGGCUACAGCGAAUCCGAGCGCGGGAAGCAUCGAAGCUCACCACCACCGACACGAAGCGGGCGUACUACGAGGGGUGGAAGGCGUUCACUUGCCCACUGGUGGUAACAACAGGCCAAACCAACAACAACGCACAGAUGAUGGUUGCAGAGUACACGAAAGAGAAGCAAGCUACGGGAUACUACUUGUGCAUCCGUCGCUGCAAUGGCUGCCACAAUUACAACGAAGACUGCCAUUACGAUUACAGCGGGUGCUGCCGCUCUUACGGCCGUCUGUGCUGAAACUCGACUCGAGCACAGGGUUCGUGACUCGCGCCGGGGACUGGGAAUCGGGGUGGUGCGACUGGAACAAUGGGUGCUACUACCAGGUCGGGUACGGAUGCGUUUGCGGUAAGAGCAAUGAGGAAAACGGAUGCAACUACGACUACCCUCUCAACCCCAAGGACGCCACCUGGCUCAAGUACAAGAUCCUCUGGAACCAGCACUCCUUGACCCUAAAUUCCGAUGACACUGCUGCUUACAUCGCCGAGGCUUAGAUCGAUGUAUCAACUGUCUACCUUGUCGAUCACAUGAGUUGAUGAUAC